AGCCUCCACCCCUCACCAUGGGGGCGUCGCAAUCCUCUCAAGGCGAGGACGCGCCUGCAGGCGGCCAGGUCAAGACGAGCUACUAUGAGCUGUUGGGCGUCGAGCGCAAUGCUACCCAGGACGAGCUCAAGAAAGCAUAUCGCAAGAAAGCACUGGAACUGCACCCCGACCGCAACUAUGGCGAUGUCGAACGCACAACCGCUCUGUUCGCCGAGGUGCGGGCCGCUUACGAAGUACUCUCAGACGACCAGGAGCGAGCAUGGUACGACGCACACGAGGGUAGCAUACUGCGGGGAGGCACUGGCGAGGAAGAUGGAGGCGAACACUACCAGGGCAACAUGCGCGUCACGACAGCAGAUGACCUGGCCCGCAUGAUGGGCAAGUUCAGAGGAAACGUCGACUUUUCCGACUCACCCAACGGCUUCUUUGGCUUUGUCAGAGAGACAUUCGAGCAGCUUGCGCGCGAGGAAGAGUACGCAGCAGACUUUGACGACAUCGACAUACCCAACUACCCCUCGUUUGGCCACAAAGACGACACUUAUCAUGGCGUUGUGCGCGACUUUUAUGCCGUCUGGAAUGGAUUCGCUACAGCAAAGAGCUUCGCAUGGUUGGACAUGUACCAAUUAUCCCACGCCCCUGAUCGCCGUACCCGCAGGCUCAUGGAGAAGGAGAACCAAAAGCUCCGUGAUGAUGGCCGGCGCGAGUUCAACGAUGCCGUGAGGACGCUGGUUGCCUUUGUACGCAAGCGAGAUCCGCGAUACAAACCCAACAACCAGUCAGACGAGGCCAAGGCCAAGGCACAACGGGACGCACGAAAGGCCCAGGCUGCACGAGCGCGUGCUGCACAGAUUGCCAAGAUGGAGGAAGAGGCGCAGGCAGUUCCGGAUUGGGCUACGGCACGUCCGGAUGAUGAGCUCGACGAGGAAAGUGAGGAAGAAAUUGAAGAGGAGCAUUACGAGUGCGUCGCCUGUAACAAAACUUUUAAGAGUGAGCGGCAGUACGACGCUCAUGAAAAGAGCAAGAAGCACCAAAAGGCGAUACAGGCGCUGAAAAGAAAGAUGCAAAAAGACAAUGCCAAUCUUGAUCUAGACAACGACGCCCUCGAAGAAGAUGUGGUGGUGCCAGCGAGCAACGAUGCUGAGAUGGAUACUGAAAAGGGGGCUUUGAAUGGUACACAUGAUUCUGUUGCUGAUCUCGCAGAAGAGACGGAUCAACUCAAAGUCGACGACACGGCGGACGAAGAUGGCGAUUCAGGAGAAAGUGUCUCUGGGAAUAAGGUCACUGAGAAGAAAGCCAGCUCCAACACCACAUCAGAAGACGACGGCGAUGACGACGACGAAUACGCCUCACGCUCUGAAAUCGAAGCCCGCCUCGCCGGCCUGAGUGGUACCAAACCCUCGGCGGCACCCACGGACGAGCUCGACACCAACGCCGCAGAAGCCGAAGGCCCAGCCGCCCCACAACCCAAGAUGGGCAAGGCAGCCCAGAAGCGCGCAAAGAAAGCAGCCAAACAAACUGAAGCAGAGACUCCAGACGCGAAGCUCAAAUGCGCCGGUUGCAGCGCUGGCUUUCCGUCCAAAACCCAACUUCACCAGCACUUGAAAGACCAUCCCAAGCAUGCAGCGCUGAAAUCGGUAGCGACGCCUGGGAAAAAGGGGAAGAAGCGGUAG